AUGGAUGAGUGCAAGGCCACAGCAAGUCCGGUCGACUUGGGCACUCGGCUUGUCGCAAGCAGCGAAGCGGCCAAGAUCGACGUUCCGUUUCGUGAAGCUGUGGGAGCUUUGAUGCACUUGACGACUGCGACGCGCCCGGACAUUGCGUAUGCUGUGGGGUACGUCUCGCGCUUCAUGGAGAAUCCGCAGCAAGAACAUUGGACGGCGGUGAAGCGCAUCUUUCGUUACUUGCAAGGGACCAAGUCGCACGGACUCCGCUUCCAGCCAAGCGACAAGAUCGACUUUCGUGGCUACUCGGACGCGGACUGGGCCGGCGACCACGCUGAUCGCAAGUCGACUUCGGGUUACACUUUCAUGCUGAUGGGUGCUCCUGUGAGUUGGGGAAGCAAGAAGCAGUCAAGUGUGUCGCUGUCGACGAGUGAAGCGGAAUACAUCGCACUGAGUCUGGCCAUCCAGGAAGGCAAGUGGGUGCAUCGCCUGCUAUGCGAGAUUUUGGCGGCCGCAAACGAACCAGGACCGGACCUCGUCAUCCGUGAAGACAACCAGUCGUGCAUCAAGAUGACGAAGAAUCCGGUGAAUCAUGGCCGCGCCAAGCACAUCGACAUCAAGUACCAUCACAUCCGUGAUGAGGUCAAGCGCGGUGAAGUGAAGCUCGAGUAUUGCGAGACUUCCGUGAUGAUGGCGGACAUCAUGACCAAGGGACUUUCGGGACCUCGUCACAAGGACUUGACGACGGCUCUCGGCAUUCGUGCGAGUUCGGAUUGA